AUGGGCAAGCUCACUAGCACCAUCGGCAUCCCCAUCAAGCUCCUGAACGAGGCGCAGGGCCAUGUCGUGACACUCGAGAUCACAUCGGGCGUUGUCUACCGAGGGAAGCUGUUGGAAGCUGAGGACAACAUGAACGUUCAGCUCAAGGAUAUCACCGUUACCGCUCGCGAUGGCCGUGUCUCGCAUCUCGACCAGGUCUACAUUCGUGGAAGUCAUGUGCGAUUUUUCAUUGUGCCGGAUAUGUUGAGGAACGCCCCUAUGUUCCGCUCACGAGGACAGCGUGGACGCGGUGUUGGUCUGGCCCGUGGUAAGGCUACUGUGCAGCGUGCUCGUGCCGGCGGCCGUGGUCGGUAAAUUCGC